AUGGGCGCUCCCCCACCCUCAAGUGUGAUUGCUGUGACUUCGGCGGACGUCGAAAAGGCGAGAGAUACCAGCAGCCAUGCGGGGAAUCAUAGCGGGGAUGUUGCAGAUGUCGAUUACUCGGUCUUCACGAUUAGCCAGCGACGGUAUAUCGUUUUCAUGGCGUCGUGGGCUGGUUUCUUCUCGCCUGUUUCUUCUCAGAUCUACUUUCCAGCUCUGAACACACUGGCUCAUGAUCUUCAUGUCUCGAACUCGCUGAUCAACUUGACUCUCACAAGUUAUAUGAUCUUCCAAGGCCUGUCACCUAUGUUUAUUGGUGACUUUGCCGAUAAAGCUGGAAGACGACCGGCAUAUAUCGUGUGUUUUACGAUCUACAUCGCCGCCAACAUUGGGCUGGCCCUGCAGAAUAACUAUGCAGCCCUCUUCGUCCUGCGAUGUCUUCAAAGUGCAGGAAGCAGUACCACGAUUGCCCUCUCUUCGGGGGUCGUUUCUGAUGUGGCCACUGCUUCCGAACGUGGAUCCUACAUGGGCUUCGUUACGGCCGGCUCACUCUUAGGGCCGUCUGUUGGCCCGGUCAUUGGAGGUCUGCUAUCGCAGUAUCUCGGUUGGCGGGCUAUCUUCUGGUUCCUCGUCAUCUUCUCGGGUGCAUUCAUGAUCCCAUUCUUAGUUUUCUUCCCAGAGACCGCUCGAGGCGUCGUUGGUGACGGUUCAUUGCCUCCCCAAAAGUGGAACAUGUCCUUGAUGAGUUAUCUCAAAGCUCGGAAAGCUCGUGAGGAAGGCACCGAAGCUCAUAUCGCUCCAUCUAGACAGAAACUACGGUUCCCCAACCCUUUGGAAACACUGGCGAUUGUUGCUCAAAAGGAUACGAGCAUCGUUCUGCUUUGCAAUGCGAUUCUAUUCGCUGGUUUCUACGACAUCAGUGCCACAAUUCCGUCGAUCUUCAACGAACUAUACGGUCUGGACGAUCUCCAGAUUGGAUUGUGCUAUAUUCCAUUCGGACUCGGUGCUUCUAUUGCAUCCAUACUGAAUGGAAAGUUCUUGGAUUACAAUUAUCGCCGCAUAGCGAAGCAACUGGGAUUCCCCCUCGUCAAGAACCGCCACACAGACUUGAGGAAUUUCCCAAUUGAAAAAGCCCGCCUCCAGAUUGCCUUCCCGAUGCUUACGAUUGGAAGUCUCUCCAUCCUGGCUUUUGGGUGGUGCUUGAACUUCGGGGUUCACUUGGCUGCCCCGACUACCAUUCUGUUUCUGAUGGGCCUAACGCUGACUGGUGCUUUCAAUACCAUCAGCACUAUUCUGGUGGACUUUUAUCCAACACAAGCAGCAAAGGCCACGGCUGCCAACAAUAUUGUCCGAUGCUUGCUCGGAGCAGGCGCAACAGCUCUGAUUGACCCUAUGCUUGCAGCCAUGGGUCGUGGUUGGUGCUUCACUUUCGUGUCCCUGGUGAUGUUGGCCACAUCUCCGUUGCUUCUACUAGUCAUCUACAAGGGGCCCAAAUGGCGUGAAGAGCGCCGUCUGAAGGAAGAGGCUAAGAAGCUUGAAGCUAGGACGAGCCCCACGAGCGAGAGGUGA